GCAGUCCAUGUUGCUGCAGGCACUCCAGCCCACCUCUCACAUACGUCUUUGUCACCUCUCUCCUUUCUGCUCUCCUAAAGUACUGGCAUUCUCAACAUUUCAGACACAGUUAAGAUGUCUUGGACCUAUGCAACUCUCCUGGCUUUCCUCACUGUGCUACUUGCACUUUCCUUGUCUCCAGAGGCCGACUCUGCAGCUGUGCCCAGCAGCACAAGCAGCGCUAAAGAUCCGCAAGGUCCCCUGCGGAGGAUCUUCAUGAAAGAGGCCGAUGCCUCAAACUUCUUUAGGAGACGCAGCAGACGUGCUGUGAAAUCUCAGGAUGAGAUCAACGCUGAGCAGAGGCAGGUUUUGGCUGCAGAUGAACGAAAGCGAGAGUUUCACGAAGAGAACAGGAAUGAGUUUGAGAGUUACGCUGAGGAGGAGCAUGAUGAGCAAGACGAGAGGACCAGAGAAAGCACCGAGCAGUGGAGGGAGUUCCACUAUGACGGGAUGAAUCCCCCCCAUGAGUACAACCGUCAGUCCAUCUGAGACGAUGCAGCAGUAGUAGGAGGGAUGUGAUGAUACAAGCUGACAGCUGCCAAGCUUUAAGGAGUAAAACAUUGUUAGCUAUGCUUUUCUCUUUUAAGACUUUAACUCCUGCAGUUAAAUCCAAAUGAAAUAUUUUUAAGGAAAAUUGUGACUUUUUCCCCUUACUUUGUUGGCUUUAAAAUAAGCCUUGAAGUUUCCUCCAACGUCUAUUUAUUUUCUUUAAUGUCAAUAUGAGAAGCAUUGAAUUAGUAAUACUUCUUGUUACCCCAAAAUAUAACUGAUAACAUGACUAAUAUAUCUGUAUUUAUGAUAUUUUUAACAAGUAUUAAUACUAUUCUGUUAAAAUAAAUUAUAUUAAAUUAGAUUUUUCAAGUAGGAUUGAAAUACCAGAAACUUUGUAAAAAGGCUAAAAUAAUUUCCCCAAACCCAUGCAGCUUUU